UAAGAGGUAAUACAACGCUCGGUGUGGGAAGUAACCUAUAGGCCGGCUUACCGAAAGAAUAAGAGGAACACUCAAUCAUUCAUGGUGCAGCUUUUGUCAGUCUGUGCUUACUGGCUGCGUAGACUACUGGCACAGAUCGGAAAGAGUGGUAGCCUAGCCUAUUCCUCUAAAUACAUUAUUUACGCAGCAGCGGAUUGCUAGGUAGGCUAAUAUCACCACAAUCACGGAUACUGGCACAGUCCCGCUGGCUGAUUCAUUAACAAAAAUGAAACAAAUAUGUUAUGUUUUACUUUAUUUUUGACAGUCAAAUAGACAAAAACACGCAUUAUUUUUCUGUGACAGGCUGCGAUGUUCACGGCGGCAUAUAUUAUUAUGAAGCAGCAGGUAUGUGAUGGUGUCCAAUAGCUGUGUCCAGUCCAGAGGGAGCCGGUGCCACGCUUCGGCUCCACAGGCACAAGGCGGCCGGCAGCUAGAUUACUAAGGGAUUACACGGUCACUCGUUAACUCAAUGCCACAAAACCGAGACUGAGUGGGAAGUCUGGGAACAUCGACCAGGGAGGGACUGAAUGGGCGGUCGGCCAACUGACUGACAGACUGCUACGGGAAGAGCAGGAUCCUCUACAAUCUCUGUGAAUGUAACUCUCAGCUAAUUUCACCAGCGGGAGUUGAGCUGGGAUCGCUCCGCUCGGAUCAGAGACCAGUGCUGAAUGUCUGCCUCUGCCAUCCAGCGCAUCUAUCUGUAGCAGGCACAGAUGGUGGGGUGUUGCUAUGACAACACUUGCCCUGAACCAGGGUGUGGAGUUGUCCCCUUACUUGCUCUACUGUCUCUGAUAUGAGACCUCAUCAUGCAAUAGCCAGUGGAACACCAGUAGUCAGCUGAGCCAUGGCAAAACAGGACUCUUCACUGUUCCUCCACGGCUUUGACCUGGGGGGACACUUCAUAGACCCCCGGCCUCUGGGCAGCGGUGCCACUGGUCUGGUUCUGUCUGCUGUGGACAAGCGCAGCGGCCAGCGGGUGGCUGUGAAGAAGCUGGUGAUGCGUGACGCGGUCAGCGUGAAGCACGCCCUGCGGGAGGUCAAGAUCACACGGCGCCUGCAGCAUGAGAAUGUGGUGCGCGUGCACGAGGUUCUGGGUCCUUACGGCCACCCGCUGCCUCGCGACCCGGCCCAGCUGAGUGCCCUGUACAUCGUCCAGGAGUGCAUGGAGACGGACCUAGCUAAGCUGCUAGAGCAGGGACCACUUCCCGGUGGGCACGCCAUUUUGCUCUUCUACCAGCUACUACGAGGCCUCAAGUUCAUCCACUCAGCCAACGUGCUGCACCGCGACCUUAAACCAGCCAACGUGUUCCUCAACACAGACCAGCUACUGCUCAAGAUCGGAGAUUUUGGCCUGGCCCGAAUCGUUGACCCACACUACUCCCAUAAGGGCUACCUGUCAGAGGGCUUGGUGACUAAAUGGUACCGGUCUCCGCGCCUGUUGCUCUCACCCAACAACUACACCAAGGCCAUCGAUAUGUGGGCAGCUGGCUGCAUCCUGGCAGAGAUGCUAACAGGCCGCAUGCUCUUUGCAGGAGCCCAUGAGCUGGAACAGAUGCAGCUGAUCCUGUAUACGGUGCCUGUGUUGAGGGAAGAGGACCAUCACGACCUCCGGCAGGUCAUCCCCUCCUACGUCAGCCACGGUUGGAGGAUCAGGAGGUCCUUCAGAGAACUACUACCUGAAGUCGAUGCAGACGCCAUAGACUUCCUGGAGCGUAUUCUGACCUUUAACCCCAUGGACCGGCUGACGGCAGAGGCGGCCCUGUCCCAUCCCUUCCUGCAGCAGUACUCGUGUCCCCAGGACGAGCCCAUGUCACCCCAGCCCUUCCGCAUAGAGGACGAGCUAGAUGAUAGCCUGGUCACGGAGCCUGGCCACAGCCACAGCCAGGCCUCUAGCUCUCACUGGGACAGAUAUGAUACCAGCCUGUCAUCAGACCUGUACUGGCAGCAGCAGGGUGGCUGUCAGUGCAUGCCUGGGGUCUCGGAGGUGGUCAACUCCAAAGAGGAGGAGGUCCAGAGAGAUCCCAGGGCAGGUUCCUUCCAUCUGUUGGAGGAGGCCCAGGUGGACCCUCGCAAGUAUUCCCACAGCAGCUCUGCCGAGCGCUUCCUGGACCACUCCCACUCCUCUCUGGUGCGGGCCUGUGGGGGCGGGGCUUAUGCUGAGCUGGACUGUGGUCGCUCCUGUGACUACAAAGUGGGCUCCCCUUCCUAUCUGGACAAGGUUGCGUGGAGGGACGGCAAGCCGCAGCACUACUCCGAGCCCAAGCUGAUCCUGGACCUGUCUCACUGGAAGAGGAAUAGCCAGCUCCCAGUGCCUGAGGGGCCUGAGCCUAGAGGGGCCAGCGUGAAGGAGCUGCCUGUCGAUGAGCCAACUUGGGACCUAUUCCAGGAGAUCUCUCGCUGGGUGGAGAGCACACAGACUCGCCUGUCCUCCGCCAGCCCACCCCAGGAACCCCUCCCACCCCAGGGACCCCUGUCCUACCCCAGCUCACCCCCGCUGCCCCCUUUUCCCACCUCUCUCCCUGCCCCACUCUUUCACAGUUGUUCGCCGGUCAUACAGCCAUCACCUGGACUGGACAAACGUCACACACUCAGCCCGCCUGCCGCGUCCCAUUCCCCUCCCUCCCUGUUGCCCUGUUCUCCCUUGUCUCCUCCACCAAUGUCACCUCUCAUUCCUUCGUCGAUUCAUGAGCCCCCGCAGACUCUUCCCUCCAGGGGGCAAGGGGGCCCGUUUGACCUAGACAUGUUCAUCUCUCGAGCGCUGAAGCUCUGUGGUCAGAGUGAGGACCUGGGGGGAAGCCCAGAUGGGGCCAAACGGGCCAACAUCAAGAGGGUACCUAGACUCCCGGAGCACCGGCCACCCCCACCUCAGACUCCCAACUCCUAAUAGGACCUAGGUCCAAGUCUACCACAGAUGGUGCUGGUAGACUGUGGGAGCGGCAUUUAAGGCUACCACAGAAAGCACAGGUAGACUGUGGGAACUGCUUUUAAGGCUACCACAGAAAGCACUUGUAGACUGUGGGAACUGCUUUUAAUGCUACCACAGAAAGCACUGGCAGACUGUGGGAGCUGCUUCCAAGGACUGUGGUAUACUUAGUAAGACUUGCCUUGUGAAAAGCACGAGUUGACUCACACCCAAAGUAAUAUGCGAGGUGCUGACUAACAGAAUAGUAAACGUAUGGAGAAACGCUCUAUAUACUGUAUACUCCCAAUGAUUACUCCCAGUGUAAAAUAGCUUUUUUUUUUUUACCCAUUAUCAUUGCGGUGUGCAACUUUUCAUAAGUUGCCUUGACACUGACCCUUCUCACUUAAAUGAAUGGUGCUGGUCCUUUGGAUCAGAGCAGGAGGUGAGGAGAGGAAAGCGAGGAUCAAGAUCCGUUAGCUACAAACAACAUUAUGAGCUUCCGAUGGGUUUGCUACUGCAUACAGUAUGUCAUUGAGGUCACUGCUGUAAAUGAAUGUAUGUUUUACAGAAUCUAACGGAAAGUAGUAAGCCUAUGUGGUAAGCCUACAUACAGUAUGUUGCCUGAAAGCAGCAACUGUACUCAUUACAAGAAUGCCUGCAAAUGAUCAACAGUUGGGUGGAAAGAGGACAUCCCAGGUAUUGCAUAGCAAAAUCGCUUAAAGACAAUGCAGCCAGCUAUAUUUGGUUAUAAUUUUGUUGAAAUUACUCUUUCAAACAUAACCCUUUAGGUUGUUUAGAUAUCUUCUAGACGUGAGUAACUAUAGAUAUUCCUGCAGCAAAUACUUAAGAAUGAUACGAAUAUCUUCCAUUGAGUGAGAAGUAUCUCCUAUAAGGAGUCUGAAUGUAUUUAUAGAUACACAUCUUAGCAUAAGAACAGUUAGCUCUGGUCUGUGGCAUUAGAGCCCCUUCUUCUACUAAGGAAUGUGUUAAUGGAGGAACGCGCACUAACAACCUGGACCAGAGUUAAAUAACAGUCAAAGGGAGAUGGUCUCUGGGACACAUAUAAUGAGGUUUUACUGUUGAACACUGCUGCUGUGAUUUCAAACAGUAUGCCUUGUACAAUUGUAUACAUUGAACUGCUGUUUCAUAAAGCAUCUUCCAGAUGCCAGUAAUGGUUUGUUCACAGUUUAAGGUUAAGUACAGCUUUUGGGGAAUUUGUGUGUGUGUGUGUGUGUGUGUGUGUGUGUGUGUGUGUGUGUGUGUGUGUGUGUGUGUGUGUGUGUGUGUGUGUGUGUGUGUGUGUGUGUGUGUGUGUGUGUGUGUUAUUAUUUAGCUGAAAAGGAGUUUUCUCACGGUAAUGCAGUAAGAUAUAUCUGUCUAGUACCUGCACACCCACGUUGUCAUCACAGGGAGGUAUACUUAGAACAGUGGCAACACGGUAGUCAGCCUAGCUGAUAUCAAGCUGAUAACAGAAAGCCUAAGGAGUAGUCAUGCACAAGGCCGUGCAGCAAAAAGGCCACACACUCAUCAAGCACUCAAAACUCUUUAGGCUGCACCCCAAACAAACAAACGGCACCCAAUUCCUUUAUAGUGCAAUACUUUUGACCGAAGCCCUAUGGACCCUGGUCAAAAGUAGUGCACUGUAAUUGGGAAUUGGGGUUUGCCAUUGGGGAAGUAGAUCUUGUCUCAUGCUUUUACCAUUGUUACUACUAUUCAAUGACAGCUACCGUUCCAAAAUGGUUGGAUUUCAUAAUGAUAUACUCUCGAGUCAUGAGAAAUGUAUUAUUGCACAAUAUCACAUGACAUUGUAAAGGGGACAUAAUGCGCUAACAUAGUUUGCACCCUGCAAUUCUCAGAAUUGACUAUCUUCAGAGCAGAGCAAAGUUUUAAUAACAAAAGCACAUCAGAUAGACAUUGCCAGGGACCAGGUUCUUAAAAGCCAAUUAGGCUUCAUGUGCAAUGAUAGAUGUAAUCUGGGCCAGUCCAUGACAUUUUACUGGUAAAAUAACAGUCAGCAAUAAUAUCAGUACCAGUCAAAAGUUUGGAUACACCUACUCAUUGCAGGGUUUUUAAUUUAUUUUUUAAAUAUUUUCUGCAUUAUAGAAUAAUAGUGAGGACUUCAACACUAUGAAAUAACACAUAUGGAAUCAGGUAGAAACCAAAAAGGUGUUAAACAAAUAAAUAUUCAUUUUAAAUUUGAGAUUGUUCAAAGUAGACACCCUUUGCCUUGAUGACAGCUUUGCACAUUCUUGGCAUUCUCUCAACCAGCUUCAUGAGGUAGUUACCUGGAAAGCAUUUCAAUUAACAGGUGUGCCUUGCGGAAAGUUAAUUUGUGGAUUUUUUUCCCUUCUUAAUGCAUUUGAGCCAAUCAGUUGUGUUGUGACAAGAUAGGGUUGGUAUACAGAAGAUAGCCCUAUUUGGUAAUAUACCAAUUUCAUAUUAUGGCAAGAAUUGCUCAAAUAAGCAAAGAGAAAUGACAGUCCAACAUUACUUUAAGAAAUAAAGCUCAGUCAAUCCGGAACAUUUCAAGAACUUUGAAAGUUUCUUCAAGUGCAGUGGCAAAAACCAUCAAGCGCUAUGAUGAAACUGGCUCUCAUGAGGACCGCCACAGGAAAGGAAGACCCAGAGAGAGUUACCUCUGCUGCAGAGGAUAAGUUCAUUAGAGUUACCAGCCACAGAAAUUGCAGCUCAAAUAAAUGAUUCACAGAGUUCAAGUAACAGACACAUCUCAACAUCUACUGUUCAGAGGAGACUGCGUGAAUCAGGCCUCCAUGGUCGAAUUGCUGCAAAGAAACCACUUCUAAAGGAAACCAAUAAUAAGAAGGGACUUACUUGGGCCAAGAAACACAAGCAAUGGACAUUAGACCGGUGGAAAUCUGUCCUUUGGUUUGAUGAAUCCAAAUUUGAGAUUUUUGGUUCCAACCGCCGUAUCUUUGUGAGAUGCAGAGUAGGUUAACAGAUGAUCUCCGCAUGUGUGGUUCCCACCGUGAAUCAUGGAGGAGGAGGUGCGAUGGUGUGGGGGUGCUUUGCUGGUGACAUUGUCAGUGAUUUAUUUAGAAUUCAAGGCACAGUUAACCAGCAUGGCUACCACAGCAUUCUGCAGCAAUACGCCAUUCCAUCUGGUUUGAACUUAGUGGGACUAUCAUUUGUUUUUCAACAGGUCAAUGACUCAACACACCUCCAGGCUGUGUAAGGGCUAUUUGACCAAAGAGAGUGAUGGAGUGCUGCAUCAGAUGACCUGGCCUCCACAAUCACCCGACCUCAACCCAAUUGAGAUGGUUUGGGAUAAGUUGGACCGCAGAGUGAAGGAAAAGCAGCCAACAAGUGAUCAGUAUAUUUGGGAACUCCUUCAAAACUGUUGGAAAAUCAUUCCAGGCGAAGCUGGUUGAGAGAAUGCCAAGAGUGUGCAAAGCUGUCAUCAAGGCAAAGGGUGGCUACUUUGAAUAAUAUAAAAUAUAUUUUUUUAUUUGUUUAGCACUUUUUUGGUUACUACAUGAUUCUAUAUGUGUUAUUUCAUAGUUUUUAUGUUUUCAAUGUUAUUCUAUAAUGUAGAAAAUAGUAAAAAAUAAUGAAAAACCCUUGGUUGAGUAGGUGUGUCCAAACCUUUGACUAUUACUGUACAUAGUUAGAUCCAAUAUGCUUGUUGUGACAGAAUAUGUCCCUUUUAGUCUGAGUCGGUUCAUGAAUGUGCCUCAGAAUAGGCCUAGAGCUCAAUGGUUCCAGCUCGCUGAAUGUAAUAGUUUUGCAUGGCUUGGUCCUUGAUUAAACUGUCAAAUGAUUUUUAACUACAUGACUUUAAUAAUGUGAAACUGUGGACAAUCUUUACUUGAGGGUGUCCUGCUUGUAUCACGUAUGGUGGAAGCGGCAGUUUUCACAGCUGAAGUCAAUUUACUCUUAUCACUUUUGUAGUUCCUCUUUAGAUGAUGAACAGACAAAUAAAAGUUGACUGAACAUUUUUUUUAA